CACCUCCCCCUCCCUCCCCACCGUAAAUACCCGAAAGCCCUCGAAACGGACACGUAAUCUUUCCCUCCCAGCCUCCCUCUCUCUCCCUCCCCCUCGUUUUCCACGUCUCGGUUUCAAGGGGUUUUCUUCCUCUCUUUAUUACGUUAGGGUUUCCGGGGUUUGAUCCGAUUUUCGGAAAUCAGAUCGGGGGUAAGGGUCGGGAAGGGUGCUGAUCGCCGGAUCCGAUCUGCUCCUGCCGGAUUCCGGCGAGAUUUGGACCGAUCCGAUCACGUCGGGGGCGAAUUCUCUCCACUAGCUAUGUUUCUCGUAGAUUGGUUCUACGGCGUGCUCGCCUCGCUGGGGCUCUGGCAGAAGGAGGCGAAGAUCUUAUUCCUCGGGCUCGAUAAUUCCGGGAAGACCACGCUGCUUCAUAUGCUCAAAGAUGAGAGAUUGGUCCAGCACCAGCCGACGCAGUACCCUACGUCGGAGGAGCUGAGCAUCGGGAAGAUCAAGUUCAAGGCGUUCGAUUUGGGAGGUCAUCAGAUCGCCCGCCGUGUAUGGAAGGAUUACUAUGCCAAGGUGGAUGCGGUGGUGUACCUAGUGGAUGCCUUUGAUAAGGAGAGGUUUGCAGAGUCGAAAAAGGAGCUGGAUGCACUUCUUUCGGAUGAUGCCCUGGCAAAUGUCCCAUUCCUCGUUCUCGGGAACAAGAUUGAUAUCCCGUAUGCUGCAUCCGAGGAUGAGCUGCGCUACCACCUGGGCCUGAGCAAUUUCACGACGGGAAAGGGCAAGGUUAACCUUGGCGACUCCAAUGUCCGCCCUCUCGAGGUCUUCAUGUGCAGUAUUGUGAGGAAGAUGGGUUAUGGUGAAGGCUUCAAGUGGCUCUCCCAGUACAUCAAAUAGUGUUGCAGUGCUUUCGGUACCUUUAAAUGCCAAGGGAUGGAACUUGCAGCUUUGCCCCCGUUGAUCCUCCUUAAUGAGAAUGGCGAUCGAAACUCUUUUUUGUUCUCUCUAUUAAAUGGUGUGUCGAUGCUUAUAUUUUUAAUGGAUCCUGGGAACGGCACAAAGUGGGAAUCCAGUGUGAAAAUCUGGUAAGAGUCCAGGUGCACUUUAGUCUGCACAUGCGUUUUUCCAUUUUUUUUUUUUCCCGACUCUACCAUAUUUUUUCCAUAUGUUUUCAUAGCAAGCAAGAUUAACGGUUCGCUGUCAUGUUGAUUUUA